CAAUUUUAGACAUUUAUAUGGGACUAUGUACAUUAAUACUUUAGUCAUAGUGUUAUUUACACUUUUUAAUAGCCCAUGAGGGUUUGGUAUUAAAUAAAUACCCCUGUUUGGGAGAGGAGAAUGGAACCAUCUAUAGAAAAAAAACGUACGUUAAUAGUUUUUAUGGUCUCCAUAAUAUUAUUCAGUUGCUAAAAUGUUUGACAGGAUUUUCGGGAAUAAUUCCAGAAAUGUAUUUUUAAAACAAAUCAAUAAGAACUAUCAAAAUGCAUGCGUAUACGUGUUUUACAUAGCUUAAAAACAGGUUGUUGCUGUGGCAUUCUCAGUCAGCCCCAGUGGCCUAAUGGAUAAGGCACUGGCCUCCUAAGCCAGGGAUUGUGGGUUCGAGUCCCAUCUGGGGUGAGCUUUUUUUUCUUCCUUCUUACGCGCAAUUUCUACUCUAAUGAACUUUAGUGGUAUAUAUAAAAUUGUUUUCUGGUAAUGUGUAAUUAAACACGUUAUAGCAAAUCGUCAACAUUUUUUGCUAGUUUACCUAAACUAGUAAAAAGCUGUGCAGGAUAACAGCUGACAUGGACAAGCACAGCAUCAAACGCUGCCUGCUGCUCACCAUUCUGGCUGUAUCAGUGCACACUUACCAGUUCUUAAAGGCGACCGUGUACUGGGAUGCUGCCCAGAAAAGCGUGAUCCUGAAGGACGGGGUAAUGGACACAGACGGUGGAGCGUAUGGUUACUUCAAUGACACCCUGCUCCUCUCUGGAUGGGGCGUCCUAGAGAUCUGUGCAGGUUAUGGAGGAAUCAAUGCACAGGAAGAUGAGACCACUUUCUUCCUGGCUGGGUAUCUGGAAGGUUACCUCACUGCUGGGCAGAUGUUUGAUCAUUACUCCAAUAUGUACCCUCAACUUAUAAAAGAUGAAAAGGUUUUGGAUCCCCUGAAAAGGUUUUUCAGUAAACAGGACCAGUGGUCCAGAGAACAGGUGAGACUGAGGAGAAACAGUGACUCUCUGUGGAAACACCUAGGACUGAUCCUGGCUCAGCUUGACGGCCUCCGUGCCGGAGCAGCGCACUGGGCCAAAGACAAACACAGAGAGCCUCUGCCAGCUUUUGCAGUCCAGUUUCUGAACGGCAUUGGUGACCUGCUGGACCUGGUCCCAGCUCUGACCCGUCGUGCCAACUCCUCCACAGAGGCUGGCACUUUCAGGAUGCCAGGAAUGGGCCACUGCACUGCUCUCAUAAAGGUGCUGCCAGGCUUUGAGAACCUGCUGCUGGGCCACUCCAGCUGGUACACCUAUGCAGCCACCAUGCGAAUCUAUAAACACUGGGACUUCAGGGUGUCUGAGUCACACACUGCCACUGGAAAAAUGUCAUUCAGCAGUUACCCUGGCUUCCUGAUGUCUCUAGAUGAUUUCUACCUGCUUGGGAGCGGACUGCUGAUGACUCAGACCUCCAUUGGUGUGUUCAACACCUCUCUGUUCUCCCAGCUAAGCCCCCACAGCCUGCUGGCUUGGCAGAGAGUCCGCUUGUCCAAUAACCUCGCCCACAAUGGACAGGAGUGGGCGCAAAUUUUCUCCAAAUAUAACUCAGGUACUUAUAAUAGCCAGUACAUGGUAGUGGACCUGCACAGGAUCUCUCUGGGUCACAGUAUCAGGGACGGAGCUUUAACCGUGGUGGAGCAGAUUCCCGAGGUGGUGUAUUCUGAUCAGACUCCAGUUUUACGCAGAGGUUAUUGGCCGUCCUACAACAUACCGUUUCACCUUGAAAUCUACAACCUGACUGGGUACGGUGUCAUGUGGAAGAGCUACGGCGUUGACUUCUCCUACGACCUUUGUCCCAGAGCCAAAAUCCUCCGCAGAGACCAGGCCAAAGUGUUUGACCUCAACUCGCUCAAACACCUUAUGAGAUACAACAAUUACAAGAGGGACCCUUACUCUAAAGGCCAUCCCUGUAAAACCAUCUGUUGCCGGAAUGACCUGAGAUCAAGGACGCCACGUCCAACAGGUUGUUAUGACACUAAGGUGACAGACUACCAGAUGGCUCUCCAGCUGGUCUCAGAGGCAAUAAAUGGUCCAACUAUGCAGAGGGAUCUGCCUCCAUUUUCGUGGCAGUUCUUCAACCUCACUAUGCAUCGUAGUCUUCCACACACUUACAACUUUUCUUUUGUCACUAUGAAGCCCACGCUCCGUCAACCUUAGGAGUAGUAAACUGGAAACACCUAUCCAUAUGAAGGCCAUGUUUGAGUAUUUACUAUUUGUUUUUGCAUGUGUGCAGGUCAUGCACUUUUGGCAAUGCAUAAUUGUGUGUUUCACUGAAUUGGUCAAAUAAAUGAUUCCAGUACAAACUAAAAGAAGUAAAGGUAAAAAUUUGACACAUUUUGCUUAACGUCCUUCCUCAAACUGUGUAACCAGUUUCAGUUCAGUGGUCAGUCCUUUAUUUCAAAACCCAUUCAUGUUGGUUAUAUUUCAAAGGCCAACAAUUCCAAUAUUGAUCUAUAGUAUUUGUUUAUCAGCUUUGUUUGUUCUGUAGUCUUUGUUGUAGUCUCUGUAGUCUGUUAAGUCAGGUUUACUGGUUGUGGAACUAAAUUAUUUUUUCAUUUUGUGUAAAAAAUAACACAUUGAGUCUUUAUGAAUCAUGAAUUAUGUGUUCGUUUCUUUACUAGGAGGGGUUCAGAAUAGUUUCUGUACAAGAACGUUUAUUUUUUAAUUUUGACGUUCCUCAGAGACGGAAACUGGAUAAUUUUGCUUUCAAAAUAAAAUAUCUAAAAGUGGGAUUUUUUUCUUACAGAAGCGGGUGCAGCAAGAACAUGAGAAAUUGGUGAUUAGGCAGCGCCACAUCCUAAAUUUACAAAUACAUAUUUUAAAUUAUCUGUGCCUGCUUUCAUAAAUAAAUUUACACAAUUCAGAUGUAAUAUUUUCUAUCAACCAGAUCAGAUCAAAUCAGAAUGCCUCUUUACACUUUAACAUACAGUAUAUUUCGCAUUUGUACAGGAAUUUAAUCAUCUGUGAAGAUUGAGAUUAAUUGAGGAGUUUACUGAUUAAAUACAUUUAGGUAUAUUAUAUUUUAAUGUAGAAAAACUACACAUUCCAGACACCUCAACACUG